UUCCUACAGCUGUAUGGAAAUGGAUCUGAUGUUCCCAGUCUGUCUGUGCUGGCCGACUACCUGUGUGGAUCUGCUGCUCCCAGUCUAUCUGUGCUGGCCGACUACCUCUAUGUAACAACCAGAAAUAGCACAGUCCUUAUAAACAAGUUCACAGGUGAUGUGGGGAUGGCACUUGGUACAGGAAAUGUCACUGCAGCAUCAUUAUAUCAUCCUGUCCUGUAUGAUAGACCUUCGCAAGUAAAUCCUUGUGAUACAUCACCGUGCAGUCAUCUGUGUGUACCUAGCAACAAUAACCAUGGUUACAGAUGUCUGUGUCCUGUUGAUAUGGAGCUGGUUACAGAACAGAACUGUUCAAGGAAGGAGAACGUAGAGAGGCUGUUGGUUUCUGGGAUCACUGGUAUAUAUGAAGUUCCUACAGAAUUCAUUGGUAACCAUGGCUAUCAAGGUCACAGACUACUAAAUGCAGAUGUGAGCUGUAUGGUGUAUGAUGGUGUAGAAGAAAGAAUUUUCUACUAUGAUGAUACUCAGAAAGCAUUACAGAUGCUGCAGUUGCAUCACUCUCAGUUGCCUUCAUUGUUGUACAGCAGGGUGUACCAGGUAGAAGAUAUAGAGCAUGACCCAAGCUCUCAUGUAAUCUACUGGACUACAACAAAGGGAAGUGUGUAUGUAGGAAAAGAUGAUGGUACCUUCUCUACACAGAUCAUUUCAGAUCUACACAGACCAAGGGGAAUAACUCUAGAUCCAGAAACUGGGUACCUAUAUAUUUGUGACUGGGGAAAUGAGCCGCAGAUCCUUCGCUGUUAUAUGGAUGGUACCCAUUGUGAUACAUUCAUUCAUGUUCACGGAGGUCAUCCAAAUAUGGUUGUCAUAGCAACACCACUUACCAUGGAAACAGGGUCAGAGAACAGGAAAACUUUGUAUUGGACGGAUUCAAAACUAGAUGUGAUAAGUUUUGUAAACCUGAGGGAUGAUGCUGUCAUUUGGGAAAAGAUACAGCUUAAUCAUUCUCGGAAUACUCAUCCUGUUGGCCUGGUAGUUACAGACAGUACUAUAUAUUUUACGGACUGGAACACUCAGUAUGUACAUUACAUGCAGGAGUCUGAUGUUACAGCAGUGAUGGAUAUACAUUUGGACAUGGGAAGUGUGUUUGGGAUGGAUCACAUACAGAAACCUCUCCAGGUUUCACAGACAGCAUGCUCAGUAGAAAAUGGCGGAUGUACACAUUUGUGUCUUGUCAAACCUGAGGGUCAGUGCACAUGCCUGUGUCCAGGCAGUGAAGAAAAUGUAUCCUGCACAGUUAAAGGAAAGAAGUUUCCUCCUCAUUCUGAUCUGAUUGAUAAACUGGACACAAAGAAGAUGAAGCCUGUUUCCACAGAGACCAAGGACUCGAUACUGCUGGUUGUUCUACCAGUGACUGGUGUUGUCAUCCUUCUGCUUGCAGUCAUUGUCACUGUGUUCUGUUACCACAGGCACAAACA